AUGACAAGCCUCAACCAAAGAAGAAGAGGUUUAUGGUGACAAAAGAGGAUGUUCUUAAGGCACUUGCAACAUAUAAGGAUUCAAAGUUGUGCAUCUACAACAGCUAUAGUGAUGAGGCAGAAAUGAAGGAUGAGAAAGACCUUGUGGACAGGUUUAAG